GCUAUUUUCCCCUUUGGAGUUGAAGACCGCCGAAAUGUUGCGCAAGACCCUCCAACGCUCGUUCUCGACCGCCACGGAAGCCACCAUCGAUGGCUUCGCGUCGAUGCACGCGCCCAAGCUGCAGCUGUUUGGUCUGCAUGCCAAGUACGCGAACGCGUUGUACUCGGUCGCGUCCAAGGAGAACUCGUUGGACGCGGUGGAAAAGGAACUCAAGUCGAUCCACGACGAGAUUGUCGCCAACCAAACGUUUGCGGAAUUCUUGAAGGACCCGACGAUCUCCCGUACCGAAAAGAAACACGACAUCUCCAAGGUCAUGGACGCCGCCAAGUUCUCCAAGCCCGUGUCUGGUUUGUUCACGGUGCUCGCCGAAAACGGCCGUUUGGGCGAUGCCAAGAACAUCAUCCAAACGUACAACCGCUUGAUGCGCGCCCACCGCGGCGAAGUGCAGGCCAAGAUCACCAGCGCGGACCCGUUGACCAAGGACCAAUUGGCCCUUGUCCAAACCGCGUUGAAGGCGCGCGUGCAAAAGGGCGAAACGUUGUUGCUCGAAACAGUGGUGGACCCCACCAUCCUCGGCGGCCUCAAGGUGCAAAUCGCCGACCUGUUCAUCGACUUGUCCCUCGCAACCAAGAUUGAAAAGAUCGAGUUGAUCCUCCAAAGCCGCAACUAAGAAGUAUUCAUUGCUGUUGGUUGUGUGUCUGUCUACCGUGGACGACGACUUCUCUCCCCCUAAUAAACAACCCGUACACGUCGAUGGUUCACACACUCGUCGUCUCUAUA